GAAAAAAAUCGUGGGAAGUCUACGUGGAGGAGGAUUACGUGUCAAUUUGAUGUCACUUUUCAGCGUAAAUCAUGCUGAAAACUGUAACAUUCAUUCUUAAUAUUUGAUGUUAAAGUGUGUAGCUAAAAGAUGGCCUGGUUUGGAGAAAUAAAGAAUCUGACAGGGAAUUUGACCGGGCAAUUGUCGAACGUUGCAAACACAGCUGCCAGCUUCACUCGCGAUGUGCUGGCAGAGGGAACCGAGGAAGUCAGCGAUCAGAGCACAGAACUAAAGAUUGCACAGGACAAAAUAAGGGAACUGCAAGGACUUGUCACUGCACAACGAUCAGAGAAUGAGCGCCUGAAGGACCUAAACCAUGAGUUAGCCGACAAGGCAGAGGCAUCGGAGCUGCAAAUCAACACCAUCUCCCAGCAGUAUCGGAGAGUGCUACAAGAAAAACAUGACGAGCUGUCGGUGCUGAAGCAGCAGCAACAAGCACUGCAGGAUGUGCAGCAGAGCAUGCUAGCGGCCAGCACCACAGCGGCGGCCUCUAUCACCCACAGCACCUCCACGUCCUCGCUCUCUGGCUCCCUGGUGUCCUCGGACGAGCACGACUUUGGCGACGUCAUCUCGUCCCAGCAUGAGAUCAACAGGCUGUCCAAUGAGGUGUCCCGCCUGCGGUCGGAGUGCGAGCACUGGAGACAGAUGGCCAGUGUCACCGCCCAGGGGGACAAGACAGGGCCGAUGUUUGAGAUCGGUCUUGAUAAAGAUGGUGCCAGCUCCUCAAGUGCCGAAGAAAUCCUCCAGCUGAAGACAAGAAUAAAGGAACUGGAGCGUGACCUCAGCCGGGAGAUUGAUGACUCCCAGCGGGAGCUGUCAGCCCUCCAAGAUGCCCACUCCCAGAAGCUGGCCACCCUCGGCCGCCGCCACAAGCAGGAGGUAGAAGACUACACCCAGCGCAUUGAGCAGUUGGAGCAGUUGCUGCAGCAGCCAGGCGAUUCGUCCCCGACAUCACCGCCCACCACCCCGGUGCACACCCCUGGGUCGCCACCCUCUAAAGAGGCAGGAGACCUCCAGAAUAAGGUGAAAGAGCUGCAAGAGGCCCUGAAGAAGUCCCAGCGCAAUUUCAACCACCUGGAUGAAUCCUGCAAGCGGCUGAGAGUGGAGCUGGAGCAAGUCAAGCAGGUGGAGAAAGAGAAGAGCAAAACAGCCGAGAUUCUCAAGAAACAGGUGGAGGCACUGAAGGCGGAGAAGGCCAAGGGCAUGCAGGAGAAUGAGACCUUGCGGUGGGUCAAAAGAGACCUGGCCGGCAAGCUUGAUGCUGAGAGGCAGGAGAAUGCUCGGCUCCUGGCAGAGUAUGACCAGGUCAAGAGCCAAACGGACGACAGUAGGGAGAAAUUGGAGAGGUUGAGGAAAGGCGAGGUGUUACCACUGCAAGAAAAACUGUCAAAGAUGGAGAAGGAGGUGGAGGACUUGCGGAGGGAACGAGAUCAGGUCAGAUCCGCAUUGUUUGCCACUAAGCACAGGCUCCUAGCCGAGUUGGAUGCUAGCCAUGCCAGCACGAGCACUACACGGCAGGAACUUCACGAGGCAAGGAAGAAGUUUUCGUCUGGGGCGAUGCAGCGACGCACUCAACUGCUGAAGGAGAAACAGGCUCUUGUCAACCAGAUGAUCGAUGUUGGAGAGCAGGUUUCUGAAGGGAAGACAUCAGUUGCUCUCCUGAAAGCAGCCAGCGAGCAAAUGACUGACGAGGCAGAGGACAUCAUCACUGACAUGGGCGGAGUGGAAGCCUCGGAAGAGGACCAGGAUAUCACUCCAGACCUGCUGCAUGCCCUGGAAGUGGAGAACCAGCAGCUGCGGCAGAGAGUAGAGGCCCUUGAGACAGAGGUCCAACAGCUGAGUGUCUCCUGCACUUCCCUGGCCGAGGACAAGGAGAGCUGCGAGAGCCUGAUUGUCCGGCUGAACCAGGACCUGGAGGCUGUGCGCCACACCAGGACGGACUUUGAGAGCAGAUCCCGCUCGGGUUCUCAGAAGACCCUGGAGUGCUCCGGUGACAGCGAAACAGAGAGUAACGCCAGGCUUCCCCUGGCUGAGGCUGACUUGUUGAGGAAGGAAGAAAUGAAACGGAUCCAGUAUAAACGCCCCGAUUCCCCAUCCGGCACGAGCACCGAUUCGGACAGGACUGCAAGCUCAGGCCGUACCCCGGUGCAGGGCUACUCCACCAGUGAAAGUGAGGUCCCAGGCAGUCAGACAAGUGCUGUGGAAAGCUCAGACAAUAUCAGCUUUGAUGGAGAGUAUGAUGACUCCAUCAUGUUUUCUGGGAUAAAACAGAGGUUUCCUGAGGCAGCCCAUGUCCUCCAGGAGCAGAUUGAGCAUUUUGAGCUGAUCCGAGCUGACUGGGACAUGGAGAAGCAAGCCCUGGAGGAGGUGGUGGUGAGAAUGAGGGAGCAGCUGAAGGAGAAAGACAUUGAACUGCAGAGCCUGACUGCCAAGCAGGGAUUGAGGGAGAUUGAAACCCAGCAGAUGGAUCAGUUAGAAGAGGACCUUGAGACAUUACAAGACACUGUGGAGAAGAUGGAAGAGGAGCAUACCCAAAUGGAGCAAGAAAACAGUUCACUUAUCCAAGAGAAAGAAGCUUUGAAGAAAGAACUAAAUGAACUCCAAAAAGAAAAGAAGACCAUACAAGAAGCAUCUGAGGCUCUGCAACUAGAAGUGCAGUCACUGAAGAGUGAGUUACGGCAUGCAAAGGCUAUAGCGGCAAACCUCAAUCAGGAGGUGGAGGGCUUGCGUCAGCUGAGGGAAUCAUCGUCCCAAGAGGUGGAAUCCAUAAAGGCAGAGCUGAAGCAGGUACAGGCUGCAGCCAAGGGCUAUGCCAAGCAAGCCGAGGAGCGGGAGGAGGCACUGCAUCUCCAGAAAGAGGCCUCCCUCAGAGAGGAUAGCGACAGAGAUCGUCUGGAAGCUGACCUGCUCCUCCUGAAUCAGCAGCACCAGCAGGCCUUGGAUCAGAUCAUUAAGUCAAGAGAUGAGAUCAGAGAGAAGGCAGAUGGAUUGGAAGUCGAGAAGAUGGAGCUACUUAGUAAAUUGAAUGACAGCCAAGUAGGUCUAACAGAGCUUGAUGCCUCAAGGAAUAGAGAUAAAGAAGACAUAAAGGAGCUGAGAGAAGAACUUGACAAAAGGAACUCUAAGUUGUCAGACCUGUCAAAACAGAGAGAAGAUGUAGAGGAGGAGAUCUUAAAUCUUAGGGAUGAACUUGAAGACAUGGGAAGCAUCAAGAAGAAAUUGGAGGACACCAACAUGGAGCUUGUUUUACGAGCAAAUGAAUCUAAGACAACUUUAGAAAGACUUGAAAAGGAACUAAUGCAGCUAAAACAGCACAGCCAAAGGAUGGUCAGUCUUGAAGUCAAAGAACAGUUGGAUAGCAGUGUUUCAGAACUUGAAAGCCAGUUACAGUUUGCAGUGUCAUCAAGUGAGGAAAGGAAAUCAACCAUACAACACCUCGAAAGUCGUAUCUGUGAACUGGAGGACGAAGUAAAAAAUUUAACUGAGAGCAAAAGGACAAUUGAUGUGGCAUUUGAAGGUAGCAAAGCAAAGUUGGAGGUGGAGGUUGCAUCUUCUGAGCAAAAAGCUGAGCUCCUGUUAAGCUAUGAGGAUGAAAUUCACAGCUUGAGGAGGGAGAAAGAGGGCCUUCUGCGGCAACUGCAGCAAAACAAGCACGAGCACGAAAGUACAUUGCAAGAGCUGUCACAGUCCAGAGAGUUGGACACCAGUGCAUUGCAGUCAGAGCACGAGAAGCUCAUCCAGCUGAAGAAUGCCAAAGAAACGGAGGUGGUGAAGCUGAAGAGGGAGUAUGACGAGCUGCAAGCUGAUUUGUCUGGAACCAAAGACAUGCUGAACUCCACUCUGGAGGGCCACCAGCAACUUGCCGAAAUACUAAAAAACAAGGAUGAUGACAUCAAGAACCUCGCCGAGGAGAACUCCUACUUUUUCAAAGCACUGGAGGAAAGCAAAACUAAAGUGAAACAGUUUGAGCAAAUACGUGAUAAACUGCAGGAGACGGAGGACCAGUUAGAAGACACCAAAGCUAAGAAUGAGGCCCUUUCAAGGGAAAUUCAGAGGCUGCAGCAGGACUUGAAGGAUCAACUGGAGCGCAGUGAUGUCGAGACCAAGACCUUAGAGGUCAUCACAGAGCUGGAGGGCGAAGUGCGUGACCUCCGGGAGGUGUUGGAAGGGAAAGAGGAAGAAGCUGAGAACCUUCAGAGAAUCAUUGAGGAGAAGCAGUCAGCUAUUGUGAAAUGGGAAGAAAAAUCUGGAAAUCAGAGGAGGGAGUAUGAGGAAUCCCAGACGAAGAUUUUGGGUUUGGAGUCAGAAAUCAGUUCUCUUAAAGGGGACUUUCUUGUAACUGCUCAAAACCUUGAAAGCAUCAGUGAGGACCUACAGAAGUCACAAGAGAAACUUUCCCAUGAACGGGCUGAAAGACAAACUGUAUCAGAUUCUCAGAGUGUAUUGUUCAUAGAAAAAGACAAUCAAAUCAUCGAGCUUAACGAAAGGCUUUCUAGUGUAAAAGACCAGAUGAAAGACCAGGAAGUACAACAUGUAAAGGAACUUCACGAAAGGAACACAGAAGUAUCUCUCUUGAAGGAUAAACUUGAGAAACUCAGACAGGAGCUGGACUCCAGACAGAAGAAUGUAAGCGAAAUGAAGGUUGAACACAGCCUUGCACUGAAGCAGAAAGAGGAUGAACUGUCUCAGCUGACUGAUAGACUGGAGCAGCUAACAAGAGAUGCCAACCUGCAGAAGGCUGCAGCACCACAGGAGGAUAGAGAAAAUGGGAUCAUUCAGGAAGAGGUCCUCAUUAAGAGAGUGCCCGGUCUUCACAAUGCUAACACUGAACCAUUGCAAUCCAGACCUGUUGGUCAGAUGUCUGAAACAAUCGUAGAGUCUUCCCUGAGUGACAACGAGAAGCACCUGGAAAAUGCCUUGCAGGAAAAAGAGAAAGAAAUUGUUCUUCUGAAAGAGAGCAAUCGGUCACUGACUGGUCUCCUUGAGGAUAAGUCCCACACAGCAAUGGGCAACGUGAUACUGGUAGAUCUGCAUAAACUUCAGAUGCAGGUGCGCACCUAUGAGUCGGAACGCAGCCAAAUGAUGAGUGUCCUCAAUGAGAAGACGAGGGAGUGCAGCAACCUCAAGAAUGAAGUCCACCGGCUGGUCAAGGUCAUCUCCGCCCAGAAAACAGCCCUGGAGAAGGCGCAGGAGGACAACAAGGAAAUCCAGCGGCACCUCGAUACGCCACAGAACGACAUGCAAAAGCAGGCCCUCCAGAACCUCUCCCGCCUCAUCCAGGAUAAGGACCUGGAAAUUGAGGCCUUGAAGCAGAAGAACGACUCUUUGCUGCAGGUGCUGCAGACGGCCGAGCCGAACAGCAGCUCGGACAUCUCCAAGGUGCUCGGCGACAGUGAGCAGCUGCAGAAAGAGAACAAGAUGCUGAAAGAAGAGCGGGACCAGCUCGUGGUCAGUAUCCACCAGAAGCAUCAUGAGAGCCUGACCUACUACGAGGAGGUGCAGAGGCUGGUUGGUGUCGUCAAUGAAGAGACACACAAACAGGCAGAACUCCAGCAACGGUACAACUCUGUUUAUGCAGACUUGGACGACAAGGAGAAAUCCUUGAGUCAGCUUGCAUUAGACAUUGAACAGAGAGACUCAUCCCUUGCCAAUCUUCAAAAGCAGCUUGAAAAAAAGGACCAGUCUAUAUUAGAUCUAGAAAGCCAGCUGUCUGACAUGAAUGAAAGUGUGGUGAAACAAAGUGAAGAACUCACUGAAUUAGCAAAUGUGUCACAGGUGCAAGAGGAGAAUGACCACUUAAGUGCCUUAUUAAGAACCAAAGAUGAGGAAAUUUCGGACCUCAGGGCAAGCAUUCAGGCACAGAGUGAGAGGGUCCAGCUUCCUGGCAUUUCAGCUGCUAGUGAAGGCCUCAUUAGGGCAGAGGUGGCUACUGUGCAGUCAGCACCACCCCCCAAUGGAGAAACACUUGCCAGGAAGGAAGCUGAGAUCGUCCAACUCAAUGAACAGCUUGAGCAUCAAACCAAGACCCUGGCCAAAAGAGACAGUGCAAUCAGAAUAAAGCAGGAGGAACUGCAGCACAGAGUGGAAGAGCUGGCUGCCCUGCGGCAGGAGGUGGAUGUCCAAAACCAGGCUAUCCUGGAGCGAGACGCGGCCCUGCAGCUCAAAAACCACCAGCUGCAGACCCUCACCAGCGAGUCCAAAUCCAAGGAUGUGGAGCUGCACGGUCUGCGGAGCCAGAACCAGACGUUAAGUGUGCAGCUCCAGGGCUUCCAGGCCGAGAACGAGGGCUUGAAGAAGGACAACCAGGCCUUGCAGCACGCUGUGCACAACAAGGAUGGGGAGGGGAGGGCCCUGCAGGACACUUGCAACCGGCUGGCUGCCCAGGUCCGGGAGAAGGAGUUCGAGAUUGGCGCGCUGAAGGAGAAGAACCAGACUCUGACCACACUGGUGCAGCAGAGGGAGGAAGGGCAGUCAGGGGAGCUUCAGAGGCUACUGCGGGAGACCGAGGCCAUGCAGAAGCAGGCCCAGAUGUUCCAGCAGGAGAGAGACCAGGCCCUCCUGGCAUUGCAGCGCCAUCAAGCAGACCAAGAGGCUCUACAGACUGAGGUCCGCAGCAGUCGAGAGAGAGAGCAGAAGCUAGUAGGGGAGCUGGACCGCCUGCGGAGCCACCUGCUGCAGGUGGAGGAAGGCUACACUCGGGAGGCCCUGCAGGGGGAGGAGAGAGAGAAGGAACUGAGGAAUCGUCUGAUUGCGGCUGAGGAGGCUGCACGCACGAGCUCAUCGGCUGUGCACAGUGCAAGCAAGGAAGCCAGCAGCCAGAUAGAGAGUCUCCUGGACCAGCUUCACUCAGUAACCAGCCAGAAGGAUCAGGCCUUGCUACAGCUGGGGGAGGCACAGGAGCAAGUCCAACAGUACAGCACCUCAUUGGCCAACCUGCAGAUGGUACUGGAGCAGUUCACUCAGGAGAAAGAGGCUGCCGUUGCUGCUGACGUGGAGCGAUACAAAGUGAGAGCAGAGGAGAAGAGCAAGGUCUCGGAGCAGCUGUUCAAACAAACGGUGGAGCUUCAGGAGCGUCUAGCAGCAACCACCGAGGCACUGGAAGCAGCCUCGAGGCUCAAUGAGCAGCUGGAUAGGAAAGAGGAGGUGGCUGUGCAUCUCAGGGAGGAAUUGGCUAAGAAGGAGGAGCUUCUCCAUGAGUAUGAGGCACGGUUUAACGAGUUGGGGAGUGCCAACGAGAGCAAAGUGGACAAGCCCUUGAUGAAGAACCUGCUCCUGGGUUACUUCAGCGCCCCGCAGAAGAAACGGCCCGAGAUACUCAAGCUCCUUGGCAGUGUGCUGAACUUCAGCUCAGAGGAGCUGCAGAAGAUUGGAGCAGAGGGAAGUCAAGGGGGCUGGCUGUCCGGCCUCUUGGGGAGGGGAACACCCACCAGCACCCCACCCUCAACACCACGCAAAACGGCUCUGGAAAGUUCUUUUACGGAGCAGUUUGUGAAGUUCCUGGAGCAUGAGUCCACCCCAACUCCCAAGGCACGCCUCCCACUGGAGGAGAUGACCCAGGAGAAGCCUCGCAGCCCCCGCGGCCCGGCCUUCAACCCCUUCUCAGCCCCUGUGCCCCAGUUCUCCCCUUUCAUCCAGCAGCACCCGGAGACCCCUCGGCCCCAGGGUGAGCCCCACCAGUUCACCAAGCCCGUGCUGGCCCCUAAGUCUGUCCUUCCAGCCGUCCCAACGAUUGCUCCGGUCGUCAUUCCCGAUGCGUCGGGCAGGAGCUCUCCCUCUAGUAAAGGCACACCGGCUGGGUUGAAAGACAUUUUACAAUCUCAGUAGCUGAGGGCUUUGGAGGGGGGUGUCUGUGGUGGUGUGGGUUUAACCAAAGUAAGACCAGUUCAUGUGACCGAUCAUCUGAAUCAAGGGCCGAUUUCAUGGAGCUUCCAAGUGCAGAAAAUAUUUGCCAAGCAGACAUAGGUUACCAGCCAAAAUGUAUUAUAAAAUGUAUCACUUGUGGCUGGCUGUCGACUACCUGUGCUUUAUAAGAAUGCUAACCAGUAUUUUGUGAUAAGCAUAGCCGUGAAAUUUGGACCAAAUGCAGACUGCAGAGCUGUGUGCAGGGCAGAAAAGAAAAGUGCAUUUCAGGGAGAAAGAUUCUGGGGACUUCCUGUCCUUGCCUCUCUGUCCUGUCCACCAAAGCCUUUACUCAGAGUGCCUUAUGUCCAGAGUAUGAUGGCUCAGACCACAGACUAUCCAACUUCUUCCCCACGUUUGUCAGGCACUGGAGUUACAAACUGAAGGAUUGUGAUGAAGGAAAGCAUUCCAUGACUAGGGUCUCUGCCUCCAAUGUAUGUGACCGUCAAGUCAGUGUUCCAAUAUAGCUGUCAGUGUCAUUUCAUUGAGAUUUUUGUUUGUGAUGGACCUGCUUGUCCCUGAGAAUUGUUUUAGGAAUUGUUCCAAUUUAAAAUUUUCUUGAGAUGAUGGACAUCAUGGUCCAAGCAAAGAAGACCCACUAUGUCGGGCAGAUAAAGAGUCCUGAAAAUUCCUGUUUGACCUCUGACACAUGGCAUCAACUCUCUGAAAUAUCUGCACAU